ACCGUUAAUUUAAAUACCACUUCUCAAACUACCACAUUUUACACACUUGGGGACAUUCUUAUGUCCCAAUACCAUUUUCUCUAAUAGUUUUCAGAAUACACGCAAAUCGGUAAGAGGAGUUUGUUGUUCCAGGUCGCAGAAAAGCGAGAUUUCACUGCGUCAUAGAGUAUGAGUGCAGAAUGAAGCGACGUUUGGAGGAUCAGGAAACUGUGUUUGGACCUCAGCCGCGGCGGAUCCCGGGGAGCACAGACGGGUUUCAGCACCGUGUGGUCACCCCUGCAUCCUCUCUGUACGAGGCUGUAUCAGACAAUAUGCAGCCCUCCACUGGCAUGCAGUACUCUGUCCCGCAGAGUUAUCAGGUGUCUAUGACUCAAAGCUCUGGAGGCCAUGGCCAUAACAGCAGUCCAGCUGUCCAUGGUGGUCCACACCACCCCAGCCCUGCUGUCCAAUCACAAGGAGCCCCUGUUGGUCAGGGUCACACCCACACCACACCCCCUUCAGCUCCAACACCUGGACAGCAGCAGUUCCAGAGACUCAAGGUUGAAGAUGCAUUGUCCUACCUGGAUCAGGUGAAACUGCAGUUUGGGAAUCAGCCUCAGGUUUACAACGAUUUCCUUGAUAUAAUGAAGGAGUUUAAAUCACAAAGCAUCGACACUCCAGGUGUAAUCAGCAGGGUGUCCCAGCUCUUUAAGGGCCACCCAGACCUCAUCAUGGGCUUCAACACCUUCCUGCCUCCAGGCUACAAGAUUGAGGUCCAGACCAACGACCUGGUGAAUGUGACCACUCCUGGUCAGAUCCAUCAUAUCACUCCUCAUGGCAUCUCUGUGCAGAAUAUACCCGUUACACAUUCGGCUUCACACCAAGCCCAGCAGGCUGCCCCAACCAGCACUGCAGCCCUGGUUAUACCCAGUCAGCCUACCCCAGCCAAAAUCAGCAAGCCAAUCCAGUCUCCAGCAUUGACCCCGACCAGCCAGCCCAAUCCGUCCAUCCCUUCCUAUGCCUCCCCCCGGUCCCCUUCGGUUCAGUCUCAUACACCAGUCAGCAGCACCCCGGCCAGUGCCCCUCUUCUGCAGAACAAUCAGCCUGUGGAAUUUAACCAUGCCAUCAACUAUGUAAACAAGAUCAAGAACCGUUUUCAAGGCCAGCCAGACAUCUACAAAGCCUUCUUGGAGAUCCUGCAUACUUACCAGAAAGAGCAGCGUAACGCGAAGGAAGCCGGGGGAAACUACACGCCAGCGCUCACCGAGCAGGAGGUCUACGCCCAGGUGGCACGACUCUUUAAGAACCAAGAAGACCUCCUCUCCGAGUUUGGCCAGUUCCUGCCCGACGCCAACAGUUCAGUGCUGUUGAACAAGACGACGGCGGAGAAGGCCGACUCUGUGCGAAAUGACCACGGCGGCACAGUGAAGAGACCACAACUCAACAACAAGCAGAGAUUCAGCCAGAAUGGCUGUCAGAUCCGUCGACUCCCUGGGCCUAUUGCUACUCCUCCCGUAAAGAAGAAGCCAAAAUUCAUGGGUAAGGAUCAUCCAAUGGCAGAGGCCAGUAAACAUGGAAUUGGCACUGAGUCUCUGUUUUUUGAAAAGGUGCGUAAAGCUCUCCGGAGUGCUGAGGCUUAUGACAACUUCCUUCGCUGCCUGGUUAUCUUUAAUCAGGAGGUGAUCUCCCGGGCUGAACUGGUGCAGCUGGUGCUACCUUUCCUUGGGAAAUUCCCUGAGUUGUUCACCUGGUUCAAAAACUUUUUGGGCUAUAAAGAGUGUGCCCACAUCGAGAGCAUUCCCAAAGAGCGGGCCACCGAAGGCAUUGCCAUGGAGAUCGACUACGCAUCCUGUAAGAGACUGGGCUCCAGCUACAGAGCUCUGCCCAAGAGCUUCCAACAGCCCAGAUGCACUGGGAGAACUCCACUCUGCAAAGAGGUGCUUAAUGACACAUGGGUGUCUUUCCCCUCCUGGUCUGAGGACUCCACUUUCGUCAGCUCCAAAAAGACGCAGUAUGAAGAGCAUAUUUACAGAUGUGAAGAUGAACGCUUUGAGCUUGACGUGGUAUUGGAGACAAAUCUGGCCACUAUCCGCGUGCUGGAGACCGUGCAGAAGAAGCUGUCGCGAAUGUCAGCCGAAGAACAGGCCAAGUUCAGGUUGGACAACACCAUCGGAGGCUCCUCAGAGGUCAUCCACCGCAAAGCUAUCCAGAGGAUAUAUGGAGACAAAGCCCCCGACAUCAUCGACGGACUGAAGAGGAACCCUGCCAUCUCGGUGCCCAUCGUGCUCAAAAGAUUAAAAAUGAAAGAGGAAGAGUGGCGGGAAGCCCAGCGGGGUUUCAAUAAGAUCUGGAGAGAGCAGAACGAAAAGUAUUACCUCAAGUCGCUGGACCACCAGGGCAUUAACUUCAAACAGAACGACACCAAAGUGUUUCGCUCCAAGACCCUGCUCAAUGAAAUUGAGACUUUAUAUGACGAGCGACAAGAGCAGGCAUCGGAGGACAAUGCCACGCCCCUCUCUGGCCCUCACAUGACCCUUCCGUACGAGGAUGGGCAGAUUUUGGAGGACGCUGCCGCCCUCAUCAUACACCACGUGAAGAGGCAGUCUGGUAUUCACAAAGAUGAUAAAUACAAGAUCAAGCAGAUCAUCCAUCACUUCAUCCCCGACAUGCUCUUCGCCCGCCGCGGCGAACUGUCCGACGUGGAGGAGGAAGAGGAGGACGAGACGGAGCCUGACGAGGAGGGAGCGAAGAAGCACAACGGCACGUCGUCCGGAGCGAAAUCCAAGCUCCUGUUCAGCCACACAGCGGCACAGCAGCAGAAACUGGCAGACUGCGAGGAGGCCUACAAUCUUUUCUACGUCAACAACAACUGGUACAUCUUCUUACGCCUCCACCAGAUCCUCUGCUCCCGCCUGCUGCGCAUUUACGCGCAGGCCGAGCGACAGAUUGAGGAAGAUGCCAGAGAACGAGAGUGGGAGAGAGAAGUGCUGGGUCUUAAACGAGAGAAGAACGACAGCCCUGCUGUGCAGCUCCGUCUGAAGGAACCCAUGGAUAUUGAAGUUGAAGAGUAUUACUCAGCCUUUCUGGAGAUGGUGCGAAAUCUUCUGGAUGGGAACAUGGAGACAUCUCAGUACGAGGACUCGCUGAGAGAGAUGUUCACCAUCCACGCCUAUAUUGCCUUCACCAUGGAUAAACUUAUCCAGAGUAUCGUCAGACAGCUUCAGCACAUUGUGAGCGAUGAGAUAUGCACCCAGGUAAUGGAUCUUUACCUGAGUGAGUGUGCGAAUAAAGCCACAGGAGGAGUCCAGUCUACUCAGCCCUCUAGAGCCACCACUGAGGCAGCUUACCAGCGCAAAGCUGAACAACUCAUGUCUGACGAAAACUGCUUCAAGCUAUCCUUCCAGAAGAGUAGAGGUAAUGUGGUGCUGGCGGUGGAGCUGCUGGACACAGAGGAGGAGAACUCAGAUGAGCCAGUGGAGGCUGAGCGCUGGUCUGAUUACGUCGAGCGUUACCUGAACACAGAUUCGGCGUCUCCAGAGCUGCGUGAACAUCUGUCUCAGAAGCCCGUAUUCCUACCCAGGAAUUUGCGGCGGAUACGGAAGUGUCAGCGGGGACAGGAGGCUCAGAUGAGAGAGAGAAAAGAAACGGCGGAGAAAUCGUUGGAGAGCGCCGACAACCGUAAGAUGGACUGCAUGUUCAAACUCAACUCCUAUAAGAUGGUGUACGUGUGUAAAUCAGAGGACUACAUGUACCGACGCACAGCUCUUCUCCGGGCCCACCAGUCCCACGAGAGGGUAAGCACACGCCUGCACCAGCGGUUCCAGUCCUGGGUGGACCAGUGGACGAAGGAACACGUCACUCACGACAUGGCGACCGAAAACCUCAAGUGGCUAAUGGGGGAGGGACAGGACGGAUUCCUGCCUUGCAAAACCAGCCGAGAACCCAAGGUCCUCCACUUCCAGAACAUCAACAAGUACCACGUCAAAUACGGCACAACAUUGACAUCAUAACCUGCUGGCUCUCCAGAAAGAGGAGUGCGUGAGUGCGUGCGUGUGUGUGUGUGUGUGUGUGUUUUCUUUUUUUGGUUGUUUUUCUUAUUUUUAAGAACUUGAAACAGCAGCAGCAGCACUGGAGCUGGCUUUGUAGGAAGGCUGUUUCGGAGUCAGUUCUCUCUCUCUCUCUCUCUCUGCAUUUUUUUUUCUUCUUUUUUUUUUUUUAACAAAAAGAACUUUUAGAUGGGUUUUUGAUGGGUUUUUGUUGUUGUGGGGACUUGAUGCCAAGAUGUCGGGGGUUUUUCUCCCCCCACUGAACAUUUUAGUUGUACUCCUCUCUUCCCGCUGACUGGUAGAGAGUGUCCCAUAAGGCAUUUGGUUAUGCCUGAGCUCAAACUCUGACAAGUAUU